AUGCCCGCAUACAUCGAUUUCCUCCUGGUAUAUGGGACGCGAGACGAGGACCGAGAGCUUAGGUUUACUGGCUUUCGCUCGCGCACAACGUUGCAGAACCCGCUUCCGGGUUGUACGAUCGCAGACCUGCACCGGAGUGGGAGGCAGCACGAACUCUGCUAUAAUCUCAAGGCAGUGGCAGUGAAAGAAUCUGGGAAAUCCCAACAGCCUCGCAACAGAUGGAAGAUACGGCAAGCUGCUAUAUAUCACCGGUUCGACCUCGGUUCUGGAACUGCGCUGUGGAUAAUCGGAGACCCUCGGGAAACGGUGAAGAACGACCUCAAGGACGUCCUACCGGAGGGGCCCGUUCCCAGCGAGUUCAACUUUGGGACAGUGCCUGAUGCAUUCAUGGCAAACCUUGAUACCCAUAUAGUACUCGUCAAUUGGGCUUCAUCCUCAUGGAGAUGGCAUAUACAGGACCUGGAAGAAACCAUCGACGACAUGACCAGGCCUGCAAUCCUCUUCGACUAUGAGAGCCGCGACCAACCAGAGGUUGCGCCCAGAGCCGUCACACUUGUCCAAGAGUACGAAGACAAGGUGAACGAAACCCUGAUGGUCAUAGAGGCCAACCUCAAGAUCUUCUCGUCCCUCUUGACCUCUUACACAGCCUUGGUCGAGGAUAAGAACUUCCCCCUGAAUGAAAGAGACGCAUGCAAAGCUGCGGUGGAGGUAUUCAGUACCAAGAUAGAGGAGUAUGCCUACGACCUACGUAUGCAGGCCGAUCGGGCGCGAGUAUUGUCCAAAGUGGCAACUGACCGCAAGAAUAUCGUCCUCCAGCAACUUCAAACACAGACUGCCAUAAAACAGGAAGCUCUCGCGUCGAGCAUGUGGGCAUUCUCGAACAACAGCCAGAAGGAAACGAUUGCGAUGCGCAUCAUAACAGCCAUCACGCUUCUUUAUCUCCCGCCCACCUUUGUUUGCACAUUCUUUGGCACAGAUGUGAUCAAGUACCAGGAUGACGGGAAAGGUAGUGUUUACUUUUCCAUUGAAGCGCUGAAAAGUUUCUUCUACGUGACAAUCCCUUUGUGGGUUAUAACUAUUGUUGUGGUGUAUUAUUUGAACAAGACAGAAACGAAAAGAAGAGGCCAGUCGGCCAUGCAGAUGGUCGAGAAAUAUCCUGUGUUGUGGACGCCAAGCAGCACCAGCACGACAUCUGGAGGUCUCAAGGAAAAGGGAUAG